UCUUCAGUGCAGUAACUGAGUCAUUCGUUGCCUCUGGCCCUAGGGUAUGCUGUGUUUCUGCAGUCUGCUGCAAUUUUUUCUCUGUUAAUCUGUCAGUGUUUUUCUGCUAAUGCAGAUGUAGAUUUGCUUUCUGACGCUAUGUAGACACUUGUCCAGAAUCAUUUGUUCAGCCUCAUCUCUGCGUGCAUCUGCAGCAUGAACCUUUUCUUUUAUUCAUAGCAUCUCAUUUGAUUCUUCCCAGGCCUCAGACUGCGAGAUGCAAGAAAUAAGCAUGAGGAAAUCUCAGCCACUUUUCAUGGAGCGAAUCCCAGAGAGACUCCCAUAGACGUGCCUCUGUCUUUCAUCUCACACCCGUGAAAGAAGCUCUCACGCAAAUCCCUCUCUGUGACAUUAACUGCAAAACCAGUUUGCUUUUGAUUUCCUCAACUUUUGAAGGACAACCACAUCAGGAAGAAAACUACUUCCUGGGUCACCAUAGAGAGCAUUAUUCUUCAGAAAGAGGGAAUGAAGGGGCGGAGUUUAGAGCAGAGUUCUGACAUCUCCUUCCUGUUUGCAAAGUAAAGUCUCGUGAAACAAAACAAAAAACAAAACAAAAAAAAAAAAAAAAACAUGAAAAAAUUAAAUAUCGGGAAAAUGGCUCUAAAAAACUCCCGUAAGCAUCACAAAAAAAGUUCCCUUCAGGAGCAGAAGGAGGACCUGCGGAAACGCCUGUCCUACACCACCCACAAGCUGGAGCUCCUGGAGUCUGAGUGCGACGCCACCCGGCAGUAUCUCGAGAUCGAGCUGCGACGGGCACAGGAGGAGCUGGAGAAACUCACAGAGAAGCUUCACCGGAUCCAAAACAGCUAUUCAACCUUACAGAGGAUUAAUCAGGAACUGGAAGAAAAAAUCCACCGGACGUCACAGCGCGACGAUGACGACAAGAGAGCUCUGAGCCACGAGAUCAUUGUUCUGAAUAAUCACCUCAUGGAAGCCAAGAUAACCAUCGAUAAACUCCGGGAGGAUAAUGAGCUCUACAGGAAAGACUGCAAUGUGGCUGCUCAGCUGUUUCAGUGUAGCAAAUCCCAUUACAGAGCCCACAAACUCUCAGAGUUACCGAGUGAAUUUCAGGAGCGAGUGAGCACCCAUAUGGAGAAGCAUGGCUGUGGCAUCUCGUUGCCCCUCUGUCACUCUCCCUACUCUGACAGUGUUCCUAUUUCUGUUAUCGCCAAGCUCCUGGAAAAGCCAGCGCCCAACAGCAUGCCUGGUUCACACUCUUCCAGCCCGCUGUCCAAGGAAGGGAACUUUGCAUACAACAGCAUGGGGAGCGCAGAGAAGCUGAACCAGAGAAGCGCGUACAAGUCAGACCUGUACCGCAGUGACACAGCCCUGUACUGCCCCGACGAGCGGAUGAGGGAGAGGAGGCAGAGUGUGGAUCUGCAUGUCAGAGACCCCGAGAGGUUCCGGCCACAGAACUCCACAGACAGCACCACCGAGGAGGACGGCUUCCAGCUGAGCUUCUCGCACGAGCCCUUCAACGAGUUCACCCCCUCCCUGCCCCCCUCCAGCUCCUACUCCAGCUUCAGCGCGCAAUCCGAUGAGAAGGGCCAUGGCGCAAGCAGCACCCUCUCCUCGCCCCACCGAGCUCUUUACAUGGACUGGAGGGACGAGAACUACGACAGGAAGAGCAGCUCGUCCUAUGAGAAGGACAGCCCUGGCUUCCCCAAGUCCAGGAGUUUCCAGCACAUGGCGCAGGGCCACCAGAACGACUCCUCACCUGUUUACACCAGGACUGUCCCUACAUGCUUCAGCGAGCCUUUCCACUCCCCGAGCAUGGCCUCCCCCCACCCACUCUACGGCGACAGCAGGAGCCCUGUCCACAUCCCCGAGGAGGACCUGUCUAGACGCUGGAGGCAGCUGAGCGUGGAGGACGUCAACGCAUAUUCUUACAGGAACCCAGGCAGGGUCUCACCCUACAGCUUCUCGGAGCAGCACUUCGCGAUCGGACCUGCCAAGAGCAAGCUGGGUCACCUCUACAGCAGCUUCCAAGAAGGAGAAGAUGUGUAUCAGAGCCGGAUCAUGGACCCUGCCUGCUUCAUGCCAACAAGCCCCAGCCUGGAGCGCAAAAUAGGUCUCCGGUCACAGGAGAAGAUGCAGAUGUACAGACAGAAGGAGGAUGACCAGAAGUCUGAAAGGAGCUUGUUUCACGGGAGCUCAAAGGAUAAAGGCAGCACCAGCAGUGUGAAAAAUGAAUAUGUCGACGUGAGCCCAAACAGCUCAGCUGAAUCAUUAAACCAAAGUUCACUGGAGGUUUUGGAUCUCCAGCACUACAGCAUGGAGCACGAUUCCCCUUCCACUCUAAGACAAAAAUCUCCAGAGUUCCAAAGAUUUGGCACCCCGGGACUCUGCAGGAAGGACAGUCUCACGAAGGCUCAGCUGUAUGGGACAUUGCUGAAUUAAACAGUCUGUUAUAAAGAGUUUCUUAUACAGAGCACGUGCUUUGAAUCAGUGCUUUGUGCCGCAGAGAACCCAAGUUAGGGGAAUCGUUAGGUGGCAUAAAAUAAUUCCAGAGGUCGUAUAACCUGGAGAAUUGACACCUGCAGCUCUGGAGCUGUUUAAGGGAACCAAACGCAUGGGGUGGUGACAGUGUGGUUUGAAAGGACACACAACACGCACACACACCUAACGAAGCACGCUCCCCCUAACCCAGAGGCUGGGGCACUGGCAACUCUUCAUCAUCACUGCUCAGUCUUCAUUUUGAGUAGAUUUCAUUUUCUUCAGAGAUGCUUAAGUCUGUGCAUUCAAAUAAUUGAGUUGUUUUUUUACAGAGGUAUUGUUAGGGCUGUAACUUUCUGAAGAUUGAAUUUCUUUGUUGAGCAUUCCUGGCAUUCCCAGUUCAGCUUUUAUUUUUGAAUGCUCUGUACAGAAAAUGUCUUAUCAGGAGAAACACAAGAGGCGUGCUGUGAAAUUGCAUUGUGAAAGCAAUAACAUCGAUGUUAUAAAAGAAACCAAGGGCACAGUUACAAUGCAAAUAUGGAGCCAGCUUUAAAACAAACGACUGUUACACAAUAUAUUAGGGAUGUGCAGAAGAUUCAGACGUGCCUUUCCCUUUAAAAUAAAGCAAAAACAAGGCUAAAGAAAAGGCUGACACCUUAAAUGAAGGUUCAAGUCCCAUUCUGUCACAUCCCUAAUAUAUAAUACACUACCCAUCCACAUUUUGGAAACAGUAGCUGAACAGGGGAAUCUUGUGGGAGUAUUUUAAAUACACACCAGGGCUUUGUCCAGUCAGUCCAGUCUGAACAACACUGCUGUGGAUUUCAUUAACCCCUUCGUUGCUCUUCACUGAGAUUCAUUAGACAGGCACGUUGCCCAUUCCACCCUCUCUGUGCAUUCUGUCAUAGCUUCAGUUGCCAGCACAGCCCGUCAGUUCUGCUCCUGAUUCCAAACGUUGAGACAGGUGGUGUAAAUAAAUGUAUAGUCUUGGGUAUCCAGAGAUUUUAGGCAGGCCAUGAUUAUCUUCGUUCUUUUUUUUUUGUGUAUAUUAUUGAGGAUAUCUGCAUGGGUCUUCUCCAGAUACCUGACUGAUACUUGGCUAUGAUGUUGUCAUGCCUCUGUGUAAUACUGUGGAUCAAAUCAGUUCUCUGACUGGGUCUCCUGUAAAGCCUUUUGUGCAUGACUUUGAUUGACAGUGGAACCAGAGCACCGUCCCUCCCUGCACGGGCCUUACUAUCUCUACUUCCCUGAGAAUCGACGACCUGGCUGUGCAUCACAUGACCUCAUCAAUUCACUUUGGAACUGGAGCGCUGUCCCUCCCUACACAGGCCUCACUGUCGCUGCUUCCCUGAGAAUCGACAACCUGGCUGUGCAUCACAUGACCUCAUCGAUUCACAGUGGAACCGGAGCGCUGUCGCUGCUUCUCCACAAGGCAUCUCAUCUAUCCAUGUCACCUUAAAGAGCACAGGGGUCAGUAGUGGUUUUAUACACUCGAGAGGAGCUGAUGACCCGCAACGUAAGGACAGUUUCUCAUAGACACUGAAAACCUUUUCUUGUGUGAGAGUGUGUGUCUGUGUGUGUGUGUGUGUGUGCAGAUUUCUCACUUCAUGAUUGGUAUUAAUUUCCCUGCUCCAUGAUGUUCUUUGCUUUCUCUUCCCAAUGUUUUCCCUUUCCUGUACUACCUCAGAUUUGAUUAUCGUCUCACCAUGAAAGGAUUAUCCAGCUGUUCUUUAUAUUUGCAUUAUUAUGCAUGUUUCUGUAUUUUUUGUUGUUGUUUUGUUUCUAUGCGU